UACUUUGUAUUUCUAUGACAUGCCAAGCGGUCUCGACUCCCGUGGGACCAACCUAGAUCAUCACUUGGAUUACACGAGCCGUAUAUCGCCUACCCCUUCCCCGCUGCUACUCCACUCAUGCCCCACACCCACUCUCUAAAUACAGACUUUCCGUGACACUGGGAAUGGAUGUUUCCCUGAACGACUAUAACUGAGCAAUUAACAUAGAUUAUCGGAAAAAAGAAAAGUAAUAAAGCCUACAGAAGAAAUUAAAGAAGACAAGGGAAACUAAUGGACAAUGGGAAUAAUUAAGCCUAUUUUAAAUGUUUCUUAUAUAAACAUUGUAGACCUAGUUUUAGAAACAGAUCAAGUAAAAAAAAAGGCAAACCUGCGAACAGUUCUAUUUUGCCCAACAUCUGUCAUGAUUUCGGCGAAUUGAGGUGUUGGACAAACGGGACAUACCCUGCGCGUAUUCACUCACAUUUUGGCUAUACGAUACCAGAGAAAACCCAUUCCCCUCCGCCAGCAUCCUAACUGAUGUGCCCGGAGUGCUCUGCUGAUGCCCGCAGGAAUUGUUGCAUUCCCACAAUCCUUUCUCCAACAAACGGAUUACAGACAGUAGCAGUUGAGAGAUUCUGACGGUGCCCGAAUUUCCUUGGCAAGGGUAACUGAGCGGGAUGAGAGAUGAGUUACCUCCUCUCUACACUGGUGGUGUUAUCUGUCCAGGCUUUACUGGUGGUCUGCAGCCACCUGCAGGUCUUAGCUGUGGACAAUGUUAAUUUCAGCGUAUACGUGGAGAAUCAGACACGAGGUCGAGACGCCAUGAGUCGCCGGCAGCACAGAGUGUACCAGCUCUACAGCAGGACAAGUGGCAAACACCUGCAGGUGAUGGGGAGGAGAAUCAGUGCCAAGGGAGACGAUGGGGAUAAAUAUGCCCAGCUUGUUGUGGAGGCUGAUACCUUUGGAAGUCAGGUGAGAAUCCGUGGUAAAGAAACCAACUUCUACCUGUGCAUGAACCGUCGAGGCAAGCUUGUGGGGAAGGUGAGACAAACACCAUUUUUAUUCUGACUCUUGCUAUACUUUCCUUUCAAUGUGGAGUUUAACCUGCAGUUAUUCUCUUUCAUCUUGUAUUGACAUGAGCAUGUGUGUGUGUCUCCUAGAAGGCUAGUAAUCGCAGUGCAGACUGUGUCUUCAUUGAGAUGGUAUUGGAGAACCACUACACAGCUCUGAGGUCAGCAUGCUAUACGGGAUGGUAUGUGGGAUUCACCAAGAGGGGACGCCCCAGGAGAGGCCCUCAGACACUGCCCAACCAACAGGACGUUCACUUCAUGAAGCGCCUGCCCCCCGGGGAGCAACCCGACCUGCAGCCCUUCCGCUUUACCAGUCAGCAAGAGGAAAAAGAGAGUGAGAGGGACCCGACCAACAGCAACUACAGCACCUAGAUAGUCAACUGUCCUUCCCCCAGUGAAUAGAAUGUGAGUUUGCUUGGCUGAGCCCAGGAAAAUAGCUUUUUGGUGUAUCCCGAAUAUACAUCAAAAGACUUGAAAUUAAACAAUCUGACCACGUCAUCAGUGGUUGGUGCUGUGAUGUUGUUUCAAAGUCCGUUGAAUUACAAUUUACAGUGCCAACCAUUCUAGUUAGGCUACAGAAGAUAGCUAAAGUCACUGUUUGCUACCACAGGGGUUAAAGAUGUGCUACCAAAGACGACUGAACCAGAGUUCAAUACCAAAUAUUCAUGUUUUGAACAUCCCAAUGAUGACGAAAACCAUAACAUUCAUGUUUUGAACAUCCCAAAGAUGACUGGUCAACCUUUCAGUAACAAACAUCCGAACCACCAAAGAUGACUGGACUAUAAUGUGUAGCCAACACAGAGGGUCAGUCAUGGUUUCCCAAGACAUUUCUUGUAUGUUUCUCUUCAUAUUUGAUUCAGGAGCUACUGUUGCUGCCUAUUCACUCAAUACAGAAAGCUGCUGUAACGUAGUAAUUACAAUAUCUUCAGCUUGACUCAUUGGAAAAUAUUUAACAAGAAAUUGAGAAAUUAUAUAAUGGAUUUUUAUUACAAUCGUUAUCACAAUUAUUUUUUCAACUUGAUGGUAUGACAGCUGUUUUAGACCAAUGGUAUUGCCUUAAUUGAAUACAUACACUGAGUGUACAAAACAU